CCAGCCGCAACUGCCGGAUUUCUUAUUUUCUUUGGACAAAUCGUGGAUGGAUUAUGUACACCCUUAUUAGGGGUAGUUACCGAUAAAUAUUUAACCCGAAAACUAUGGUAUUACAUUGGCGUCGGCAUAAUUUUCAUAAAUUUCCCACUAAUUUUUAUACUCUGUCCAUUUUGUGGGGUAAGCUACACGUGGACCAUUUUAUAUUUUUGUAUAACCAUUGCAUUGUUUCAAAUUGGCUGGGCCAUGGCACAAAUAUCCCAUUUAUCAAUGAUACCAGAUAUACCAGGUCCGGAUCAUCAACGCACCGAACUCACAACUAUCCGGUACACGGUAUCCGUUUUGGCAAGCGUGUGUUUUUAUUUGAUUGCAUGGAUGGUCAUACAUUUUCGGGAUGGAAAUAAGAAAACUGUAGGUCCAAGUGAUCGAUACAAAUUUAUGGAUAUUGCUUUGAUAGUGACCUUCCUUGGUGCUACAUGUUCCGUUCUAUUUUACAUGGGAAUGAAGCGAUAUCGAGAAAGUUCUGUGCAAAAUCGUCGCCAUGAUGAAAUUCUAACAGUUCCAAAAGUGUGCCAGAUUUUUGCAUCACCCAUCAUUUAUCAAGUGUCGAUGUUAUAUGUGGCGUCACGACUCUUAUUGACCAUUAAUUUAAUUUACAUGCCAUUGUUUUUGGACGAACGUCAAGCUUAUUUACCACCAAAUAGUGUUGCAAGUCAACAAGCUUCCGCCGAUGAUUUGGCGGGGGUUCCGUUAAUAUCAUAUGUGUCAUCAUUUGCUACUUCCCUAGGGUUAAAAUAUUUUGUGCUCCGAUUUGGAAACAAAUGUGCCUAUUUUAUGGGAUGUGUCAUUGGAUUUAUUGGGUGCAUAUGGAUUCAAAUGUUGCAAAGUGAUUCCAAUUAUGCACAUAUUUAUUUUAGUGCCAUACUUUUAGGAGCUGGAAGUGCCAUAACAUUAGUUACUAGUUUAAGUUUAACUGCGGAUUUUAUUGGAACAAAUACAGAACAAGGAGCCUUUGUCUACAGUUUGGUUACGUUCGCGGAUAAAAUGUUGACAGGUGUUGCGGUUUUAAUUAUUGAACAUUUGAAAUGUGAAAGUCAAGAAUUGUGUCCCGAAUAUUAUCAUCACACAUUUGUGUACGCAUGCGGUGGCUCUUGUUUAUUAGGCUGUAUCAUUUUAGCAACAUUAGUUCCAACAACAAAAAUUUAAUAAACAUCUUUUAUUAAGAAAAUGAUUUUUCUUUUCACCUAUCUUUCAGAACUUUAUAAUUUUAAUCUUUCGAGGA